AUGGUUCAAGUGUUCAAGAAUAAUUUUAAUUAUGAUCACGAUUUCAAAGUAGUUAGUUUAGCUUAUCUUAAUCGAUAUCCCAAUCCUUAUGCUAAGCAUGUUUUAAGUAUUGAUACUAUUGAAAACUUCAUUGAUAAUGAUGGGAAUUUGCAUAUUACCAAGUUAAUGGUCAAAACUGGUAGAUUACCUAGUUUCAUAAAACCAUUCUUGGGAUCCAAUUUGAAUAGUUGGAUUAUUGAAAAAACUAUUAUAAACCCCCAUACUAGUAAAUUAGUAACUUAUUCAGCCAAUAUCGAUCACAGAAGAUUUAUCAAAGUGGAAGAGUACAUUACGUACCGUAAGUUGUCUGACGGGGUUACAAAUGUCAAUAACAAAGUAUUAUUUUCCUCGAAUUUCAUUGGUUUCAAACAAAGAAUCGAGGAAUGGAGUAGAAACAAAUUCACUUCCAAUAUAGAGAAAUCCAAAGAUGGAUUAAGUUAUGUCAUGAAUGAGUUGAAGAAGUUAAAAACGUAA